AUGGAAAAUAAUAAUAAUAAGAUCCUUAAUUCAAAUAGAUUUUCAAUAAGAGAAUAUGAUUCCAUAAAAGAUUGUGUAUCAAUUUCAAAAAUUUCAAGAAUUCCAUUCUCAUCUGAUGUCAAUGCAAUGGAAGGGGUGAGUCAACCCAUAUCACCAGAGAUUCGUCCAAAACUUUCUAAAAAGAGUCGGGUUGUAGUGGCCACUGACAAUCAAAAUGGCCAAACCAUCGGGUCGUAUUCAUGCAACAUAAAAGAUGUGAUGGUUGGAGGAUCAAAGAAACGUCUCUACUAUAUGUUUGAUGUAAACGUUGAUCCCAACUACCGUGGCAUGUCCAUUACCAAGAACUACUUGACCGACCUAUUUUCACUCUUGAAAAAGGAUAAAAAGUCAGACUCUAUCAUGAUGAUGAGUACCACGAGAACCAAUGUGCCAAUGCUCAAAUCGGCGGCCUCUUUUGCCGUCAACCCCAUAUUCAACCAACACCAGUACGCAUGGAAACUAGAAGGUCCAGCUGCACUAGAGUCGAUGCCAUCCGAUUGCUCCAAUCUCAAAGUGUGGACUGAACGUGACACCAACGCCAUCAAGAAACACUGGAGCAAAGGUUUGGGAAAAUUCAACUUUAUCCCAUCCAAUUUCGAUGACUUGUUGGUUUUUAACCAAAGAUUUCACUGCACCACGUAUGUGGCCUCGAUGAACAGAGGUGAUCGCAACAUAGAAGCCUCCGUAUCAGUCUGGGACCAAGAUUUAAUUUUCACCCUCAAGACCAAGUCAGAGUCGACCCAAAGACAUCGCCAACUAUAUUCAUGCUACUCGAUUGGUGGCACCGAAGAUGAAAAGGAUUGGCUGUUCCGUUACCUCUUGAAAAGAGUUCACAACAAUCAAUAUUCGCAAGGAAUCAACUACCUUUUCAUUGGACUCUCGGAGACUGAUCCCAUUCGCAAGCAUUUCCCACUAAUUCCUACCAUAAAGGAUCUCGACUUUGUUGCACUCUGCCAUUUCCAAUCACCAGACACUGAAAAAUUAAUCAACGAAUGUAUGGCCACCAAUCAACCAAUUUGGAAUGAUCCAAGAGAUUACGGUAUUCUCUUGUUGUAUCCAAAUCCAACAACAACAACAACAACAAUCAUAUCACAGUCAGAGAUACCACUACCACUACCACUUCCAUCCAUUCAACAACCAUUGGUCAUACAACUACCAGUCAAGGCUACCCAAAACAAAUCUAUUAUUUCAGUUGUUCCCAAAAAAAAUCCACAUUUUGCAUCGAUCAGAUCAGGUAUACUUAGAAGAGUCAAUUCCUUUGAGACUCUUGAUAGAUACAUGAUAACUACGGCAUUUUAA